AUGGCGGCUUUGGCUGGUAUUCGAGUGGUUGAACUCGCAGGACUUGCUCCUGCACCGUUUUGCGGGAUGAUUCUAGCUGAUUUCGGCGCGUUGGUCACGCGAAUAGACAAAGUAAGAACUAUGUCCACUACCGAUAGACUUGCUCGGGGAAAGAGGUCCAUAUCUGUAGACUUACAGACUCCUGAGGGGAUGGCCAUCGUGCGUAAGCUCUGCUUGAAAUCCGAUGUUUUGAUCGAACCUUUUAGACCUGGAGUUAUGGAGAGAUUGGGAUUAGGACCAGAGAUACUGUUGAAAGAUAAUCCAAGAUUAAUUUACGCUCGAUUAACAGGUAGUCAAAGUAGAGUCUAAGUGUUAGUUGCGGUAAUUAACAACAGCAACAAUCUGUAAUUGGAAUAACAAAAAUUGCAAAAACAAAAAAAAAAACCCCAACAGCAAAAUGAAAUUCAUGAUGUAUGUCCUUUAAACAGCAAGUGUUUAGAUUUUUACCUAUAUUUAAUUUUUAUUCACUGCUGGUGAAGUGACAUCAACACUGGGGAUUGUAAACAUUCAACUCAUCAAAAGUAGACAGUAGGUAAUAUGAGGUGAUAUUUUUAAGUUAUUUUCCCAAUUUGUAAGCCUUGUAUAUGAUGUAAUGAUAGUCAACUUACAAAAGUUGACUCAAGUUGAGAGAGCAUUUUGUUGUUGUUAUAAAACAAGAGACACACUUGUUUGUUCAUAGAGGUGCUCUGAAAAGUCAUUUUUAUUAUGUCCACUUACUCACCAAUGUGGAGGUGAAUAGGGACAAUAUUUACCCAGUUGCAAAAGUGGUGAGGUAAAAUUUACCACUUUCACCAACACUGAGAUGAAUAAUUAUUUCAGUACAUACCAAAUUAAAAUUUAACUGUUGAUGUCUCUUUGGCUGCUCAGAGGUGAGUGGUACUGGCUAGGUAAUUCUAAAUUAGCCAAAAGUAGACUGCAUAAUUAACCUGCGUGGUGUAUGCUGAAUUUGGAUUUUUUUCCAACACAAAAGAGAGGGGGUUGAGUUAAUUUCACCUACAUUAACCCCUCAACUCCUGAGGUGAGUAAUUACAUGGGUCCAUGUUGUCAUUCAUGGUUCAUGGAGUUGAAAUUCCUUUUUCCUUAAUAUUAAGGGUGUUAUUAAUAAUAAAAAUCAUCAUGUUUAAAACUGAAUUGCAAAAUUAUUUACAAUUCAAAGGCUGGUACAGACAGGAUGUCAUACUAAGAGAGCUGGUCAUGACAUAAACUAUGUUUCCCAAACUGGGCUGCUUUCAAAGCUUGGACGCAAGGAUGAGAAACCCACUGCACCCAUCAACCUUCUAGCAGAUUUUGCAGGUGGAGGACUGUCAUGUGCUUUUGGAAUUUUGCUAGCUUUGUUUGAGAGAUCUCAAUCUGGAGAAGGCCAAGUUGUUGAUGCCUCUAUGGUAAAGUGUUGUUGAUAUUUUUAUUAUUGAUAUAAAUAAUAUGAAAGAGAGAGCUGUGCUUGAUGUUUUCUGUUAACCCAUCAACUUACACAUGUGGUUAACAUGUCACCCUCAUGGAGUAAUUUUUAUUUUAUUAAGUCAGUUUUUAAAGAUUUCUUUUGUUUAUAACUGUUUUUUUUUAACUUUUUUCUUUUUUUUGAAGGUUGAUGGCGCAGCAUAUCUAGGAUCUUUUAUUUACAAGAGUCUUGAUAUGGGAUUCAUCUGGCAGCAUCCUGAGCGAGGCAGGAACUUGUUGGAUUCAAACCUUUUUAUGAUACAUAUCAAACAUCUGAUGGGAGAUACAUGGCUGUUGGAGCCAUUGAGCCCAAGUUUUAUCAAAAUCUUAUUAAAGGUUUGUCGUUAACAUUUGUUCUUUGCACCAUUAAGUUGUAAAUUUAAAUCAAAAAAAACAUUUUUAAAUGCUGUGAUUGGUCAUUGAAUACCAUUGAAUCUGAUGAUUGGCUAUUUAAACAAGCAGUGGCCAUUUUCUUGAGCAAAAGGGUAUUCUAAAGAUCUUCACUUUAGCCACAUUAUUUUAUGAAUCUGACCUUAAUUUGUAAAGGUUUGAAGAGAGUCUUGCUAUAAUCUUUGACUGAAUCGCUAGAUUUAUACAAAUUCCUAACUUUUGGCCAGUCAUCAAAAGUUACAACAUUUUGGGAGAAAAAUGUAGUUAAGAACACUUGAAUUGCAAAUUUAAUACCUUUUUUUCAUUUUUGCCCAUUGAAAUUGGGAAUAUAAACCCUGCAAAACACCAUUGCAUUGCAUCUGCAUUUCUUCCAGCAAAUCAGAUGAAUGCAAAAUUAAAGACCUGCAAAAUAAAAUACCAAUAAGGUAGUCGCUCUAAGGAUUUUUAGAGUAUAAGGUUUGCAUUUUACUGAAGGUGAUAAAUUUUUUUUAGGGCUCCAGUUGGAAGAAAAACUUCCAUCUCAAUUUGAUAUAG